AUGAAGCAGAACUCCCUCGAGUGUUUGGUUGAGACAUUACGUUCCAUGGUCAACUGGUCUCAGCAGGGACUGAAUGAUGUUGCUGCAUCACUGUCAAAUCCCGAGUCACGUAAUUCGAUCGAAGACAUUAGAGAUUCAAUCGAUGCUCGCGAAAAUGGGGUUUCUCAGUCACCGAUGUUACCGAGUGUGGAGAUUCCUCCAAAUGCCGUGUCUGGCACUCCCUUAGCUGAGGAUGAUCCUGCCGAGCUUGAGCGAGUCAAACAACACAAGACCGCACUUAAUAAUGCCAUCAAGCAGUUCAACUUCAAGCCCAAGAAGGGUGUCAAGGUCCUGAUUGCCGGUGGAUUUAUCUCCUCAGAUUCGCCCCAAGACAUCGCUCGAUUCCUCAUCACCAACGACAGGUUAGACAAGAAAGCCCUUGGUGAAUACCUAGGAGAAGGUGAACCAGAAAACAUCGCCAUCAUGCAUGCUUUCGUAGACAGCAUGAACUUCACCAAGACCCGAUUCGUCGAUGCUCUUCGAAACUUCCUGCAAAGUUUCCGUCUACCUGGAGAGGCUCAAAAGAUCGAUCGUCUGAUGUUGAAGUUUGCCGAAAGAUACACUGGAGGCAACCCCAAUGCGUUUGCAAACGCCGAUACUGCUUACGUGCUAGCCUACUCUGUCGUCAUGCUAAACACCGACCAGCACAGUGCACAAGUCAAGGUUCGCAUGACGCCUGAAGAUUUCAUCAAGAACAACCGUGGUAUCAACGAUGGCCAGAGUUUGCCAGAUGACUACCUCAAGUCUAUCUUCGAGGAAAUUGCCCAAAAUGAAAUUGUCCUGGAUACUGAGCGGGAGAAUGCUGCCAAUCUGGGCAUGCUACCUCAGGGCGCUGGUAGCUUGGCUGCAAACAUUGGUCAAGCGGUUGCCAACUUCGGGCGUGAUUUGCAGAGAGAGGCGUAUGCUCAAGCUUCAGACCAAAUGGCCACCAAGACAGAGCAGCUCUUCAAGAACCUCAUGAAAGCACAGCGUCGUGGGGCUGCCAGGUCAUCUCUAGUGCGAUUCAUUCCUGCAUCCUCAUUCAAGCACGUUGGCCCAAUGUUCGAAGUAACUUGGAUGUCUUUCCUGACUGCGCUCUCCGGCGGAACCCAGGAAACGAACAACAUCGAAAGGAUCAAGCUCUGCAUGGAGGGUCAAAAGUUGGCCAUCCGCAUUUGCUGCUUGUUCGACCUUACAGAUCCCCGACAGGCUUUCAUCGCUUCCCUAACUCGUUUCACAAAUCUUUACAACAUUGGAGAGAUGAAAGCUAAGAAUAUCGAGGCGCUCAAAGCCGUUCUUGAUGUUGCCCAAAAUGAAGGCAACUUGCUCAAGGACUCUUGGCGAGACGUUCUCACAUGCAUAAGUCAGCUCGACAGGUUCCAACUCAUCUCCACUGGUGUUAGUGAGGGUGAUGUGCCUGAUAUGCUGAGGACUCAUUCUCCUGCGAGCACCUCUAAUCGCAAAUCUCUUGGUGUUCCUCCUCGUCACCGCAACAGGAAUUCUGUCAGUAACAUAAACUACCAGCCCGAUAUUGCUGAAGAAAGUAGAUCUGCAGAUAUGGUUCGCAGUGUUGACCGUAUUUUCACCAACACUGCUAAUCUGUCUGGAGAGGCCAUUGUGCACUUUGUCACGGCCCUGACCCAAGUCAGCUGGCAGGAAAUUCAAUCUUCUGGCAAUAGCGAGUCUCCCCGGACUUACAGUCUUCAGAAGCUUGUUGAGAUCAGUGGCUACAACAUGACCCGUGUUCGUUUCGAGUGGACAAGCAUCUGGCAAGUGCUAGGUGAGCAUUUCAUUCAGGUCGGCUGCCACAACAACACGAACGUCGUUUACUUUGCGCUCAACUCAUUGAGGCAAUUGUCCAUGCGUUUCAUGGAGAUCGAAGAACUGCCUGGGUUCAAAUUCCAGAAGGACUUUUUGAAGCCUUUCGAGCACAUUCUCAGUAACGCCACCCAAGUCCCCGUCAAAGAUAUGGUCUUGCGCUGUCUAAUCCAGAUGAUCCAAGCUAGAGGUGACAACAUUCGCUCUGGUUGGAAGACUAUGUUUGGUGUCUUCACGGUUGCAGCUCGUGAGCCUUAUGGUAUGUAUUUUGUGUUUGUCAGAGAUGACUUGGUCUAA